GUGGUAGAUGAUACCUACUACAAAUCAUCUGGACAAUUGUAACGCAGCUAUUCCCAUCAACACCAACCAUAAGCGGUGUGCCAUUGUUGCUGUUUCUCCUCAUACAAAACUGCAGAGUCCUUUGGUUAGAACCUCUGUAUUAGCUCCUUCUAUUGCUUCUGUCGAUAGCAUGUCCUUGCCCAACGCUCUUUCUUUUGAUAAGCUAUCCAAUCGGACUUCAGGAAUCGUAGUCUCAGAUGCUAUCAGCACAACCUCUGACGAUCCUCCUUUUCACAAAGAUAUUUCUGUCAUAAACAGCAGUUCUACUGCUCAGAAUUCAUCUGCUUAUACUGACCAUGGCUUGGAAUCUUGCCAAAUCGCAUCCAUGCCUGAAACCACUGUUUCUAUCGAUUCAAAUCCAAUAUCAACCAUGCUGAAUGAUUCUACUCUUGUUCAUGCUGAAAGUCUAUAUACUGAACAGCAUGUGAGCUCUGAUGCAACUUCAUUGGCUGUACCGUCUUCUAUAUUAUCUACUGUGCCAUUCGAGGUACAUCGCACUACAAUCACACCAAAAAGUGAUGAAAACACCAGUACCACGCUUGUAAAUAGCCACAUCAAUAAUAGUUACUCUAGAAAUCAUCUCAUCGAUCAACCGUUUGGAACUACAGGCUUGCAGAAUUUAGGAAAUACGUGCUUCAUGAAUUCUGCUUUACAGUGUCUGAGCAACACUGUUCCACUCACUCACUACUUUCUUUUUGGAUCUUGGAAAAAUGAAGUUAAUAGCAACAACCCUCUUGGAAUGAACGGUCGCAUCCCAAAGGUAUACGCAAACUUAAUUCAUCAACUUUGGCGUGAUGACCAAGAGCGACCUCGGAGCUUUUCACCUCGCGAAUUCAAGCAUACCAUUGGUGAACUCAAUCCUACUUUUCAAGGCUACGGACAGCAAGAUUCCCAUGAGUUGCUUCAGUCUUUGCUAGAUGGACUGCAUGAGGAUUUGAAUCGCAUUAUCAACAAAGAGUACGUCGAGGAUCCUGAAAUGAAAGAUAUGUCCGAGGACGAAUUUGCCAAAGUAUCUUGGAAUGCCUAUUGCAAGCGAAAUGAUUCUAUUAUUGUAGAUCUGUUCCAGGCUCAACUCAAAAAUCGAACCAUUUGCCAAAUUUGUUCUAAUGUAUCAGUCAAGUUUGAUCCAUACAUGUAUCUGCAGGUGCCUAUUCCUGAACCCAAAGUCGUACUCUUGGAAAUCAUUGCACUUUCGUACAUUUUUCCUGAAAUUCUGGAUGGUGAUGAUACCAUGUAUUGCAGCAAAUGUAUGGAGCAUCGACCUAUUCGCAAAAAGUUGGACAUUUACUCUUCACCAGAUAUCCUUGUUAUUCAUUUGAAACGUUUUGCAAAUACUGGACGGGGUGGAGCACGUCGCACUAAGUUGGAUUGCAUGGUGGACGCACCAUUGGAAGGAUUGGACAUGUCACAGGUUUUGGCUUGCGAGUCUCUACUUGACACAGAUGCUCAUUUGUAUGACCUGUAUGCAGUGUCGAAUCAUUUUGGUGGGCUUGGUGGUGGCCAUUAUACUGCUUUUGUCAAAAACCCACUAAAUGGUAAGUGGUAUGAUUGUGACGAUAGUUCAGUUUCUCUCCUCAAUUCGGAUCGUAUUGUCACAGAAGCAGCGUAUCUUUUGUUUUACACGAGA